CCGCCGGCCCCUCGCCCGCCGCGCGCCGCGCCUCUCCCGCUCCUGGCGCGCUUCCUCCGGACCCCGGCGCCGUUGGAGGUCCCCGGGCGCCCCCGAGGGCAGUGUGAGGCCGAGGGAGGCCCGAGGAGACCCGGUGAACUGGGCAGCGCAGCGGAGGGGAGUAGAGCCUGCCCUGCACGCGCGAGGAGUGGACGUGGGCGGGAGGCAGAGUUACGUGAGGGAGCGUGGAGUGAGCGAGCUCGGCCAGGGCCCCGAGCCGGCGUCCCGCCCGGCACAGGGAGGACAGACCCGACGUAGAGGGACGGGCCGAGCAAGGAGUCAUGGCCUCCCCAUUCCUGCCUGCGGGGGCCACCACGGGCGACAGCGGUGGGGAGCUGAGCUCAGAGGGUGACUCCUGUGAGGUGGAAUCCCCCCGUAGCCCCGAGACCGAGGAGUCCAGGAGGCUGACGGAGCAGUUUGAGAAAGCGGCCGCGCACCUCCAGGGCCUGAUGCAGGUGGCCAGCCGGGAGCAGCUCUUGUACCUGUAUGCCAGGUACAAACAGGUCAAAGUUGGAAAUUGCAAUACUCCUAAACCACGCUUCUUUGAUUUUGAAGGAAAGCAAAAAUGGGAAGCAUGGAAAGCACUCGGUGAUUCAAGCCCCAGGCAAGCAAUGCAGGAAUAUAUUGCAGUAGUUAAAAAUUUAGAUCCAGGUUGGAAUCCUCAGAUACCAGAGAAGAAAGGAAAAGAAGCAAAUUCUGGUUUUGGUGGGCCAGUUGUUAGCUCUCUAUAUCAUGAGGAAACCAUCAGGGAAGAAGACAAAAACAUAUUUGAUUACUGCAGGGAAAACAACAUUGACCAUAUAACCAAAGCCAUCAAGUUGAAAAAUGUGGAUGUGAAUCUAAAAGAUGAAGAGGGUAGAGCUCUACUCCACUGGGCAUGUGACCGAGGACAUAAAGAACUAGUCACAGUUCUACUACAAUAUAGAGCUGACAUUAACUGUCAGGACAAUGAAGGUCAAACAGCUCUGCAUUAUGCUGCUGCCUGUGAGUUUUUGGAUAUCGUGGAGCUGCUGCUGCAGUCUGGCGCUGACCCUACUCUGCGAGACCAGGAUGGCUGCCUGCCGGAAGAGGUGACAGGCUGCAAAGCCAUUUCUUUGGUGCUGCAGCAGCACACGGCUGGCAAAGCUUAAUCAAACGCCUGGGAAACCACAGUCUGUAAUAGCACAGGGCUUCAAUUAUGAAAGAAAACCGCAAAAUAAUACUCUUUUACCACCCAUGUUUGGUAUGCAUUGGCUAAUAAAAUCAGUUCUGAGGAACUGGGA